CGUACUGAACAAAAUCCCCAACAACCUUCACCAUGCAGACCAAGCACUUCUUCACCGAUCCGACCCAUUUGGUCAUGACCGCCCUUAACUCCAUCACUCUUACCAACCCGUCCCUUGCAUUCGACGCCGAGCACAAGAUCGUUUUCCGCCGUCCAGAUGCGCCCCGCAAGGCCAAUAAGGUCUCCAUCGUCACCGGUGGUGGAUCGGGCCACGAACCCGCAUUUGCCGGCUACGUUGGCCAGGGUCUCUGCGAUGCUGCUGUCGCCGGUACCGUCUUCGCUUCUCCCUCCGCGGAGCAGAUCCGCAGAGCUGCAAUUGAUCGGGUCCCCACCGAGGCCGGUGUUCUGAUCAUCCCCAACAACUAUACGGGCGAUGUGCUCAACUUCGGUAUGGCCACGGAGAAGUCCCGUGCUGCGGGCAUUCGCACGGAGUUUUUUGCGAUCAAUGACGACGUGAGCGUUGGUCGUAAGAAGAGCGGCAAGGUUGGCCGUCGUGGUCUGAGUGGUGGUGUGCUUAUUUUGAAAUCAAUUGGUGCUUUGGCUGAAGCUGGAGGCUCUUUGGAUGAGGUCUAUGCUCUUGCUCAGUUGGUCAAUGACAACAUGCUCACCAUUGGCUCCUCUCUGGAACACGUCCAUAUUCCCGGCCGUGGAGUGCCCGAAGAUACGAUCCCACCCGGCCAGAUCGAGGUCGGCAUGGGCAUUCACAACGAGCCCGGUUCCCACCGUGACAAGGCGGACCUGAUUCCGGUGAUCUCGACUAUGCUGAGCCAGAUGCUUGACGAGACCGACCCUGACCGCGCUUAUGUAUCCCGCAAGUCUGGAGAUGAUUUCGUCCUGUUGAUCAACAACCUCGGUGGUGUCAGCCCGCUCGAGUUGUCUGGUAUCCUUGACGAAGUCCACCGCCAGCUUGUCCGUGACUACAAGAUCAAGCCCGUCCGCGUGAUCCAGGGGACUUUCUUGACCAGUCUGAACGGCCUGGGCUUCAGCAUCUCGCUUCUGCGCCUGGCUGACACCGGCCUCGGUGCUGGCAAGUCUAUGCUCGAGCUUAUCGAUGCUCCCGCUGAGGCUCUGGGCUGGUCUGCCCCGAUCCCCACAUCGGUCUGGGAGAACCGGAUCGACACCUACCCAAAGGUCCAGGACUCCAACUUGGCUGAAAGUGCCCCCAGCAACGUGAAGCUGGACCCUGCUGUGAUCAAGACGGUUCUCGGAGCCGGCCUGGCACGCGUGAUCAAGGCCGAGCCCGAAGUGACUCGCUUCGACACGAUCGUGGGCGACGGCGACUGCGGUGUGGGUCUGAAGCGUGGAGCCGAAGCCAUUCAGGCUCUGCUGGAGAAGCCUUUGAGCGACGAUGCCGUCAAUACAGUGAACCAAAUCGUGACGGUCGUGGAGAACGUGAUGGACGGCACUUCGGGCGCGAUCUACGCGAUCUUCCUGAACGCGCUGGCCCACGGACUUCGCGAGCAGGACACGGGUUCAGUCCUCCAGGCCUCGACCGAGGUCUGGGCCAAGGCCCUGAAACACUCCGUCACUGCCCUGGGCAAGUACACGCCUGCCAAGCCCGGCGACCGGACUCUCAUGGAUGCGCUUGUGCCGUUCUGCGAUACUCUCCUUGAGACACACGAUAUCCGCGUUGCGGCGGCUGCUGCUCAGCAGGGCACUGAGUCGACGAAGAGCAUGAAGGCUAGUCUCGGUCGCUCCGUGUAUGUUGGCGGAGAGUCGGAGUGGAUCGGUAAGGUGCCGGAUCCCGGUGCUUAUGGUCUCACGGAGUUCUUGACUGGAAUUGCCGAGUCUGCGUAA